AUGGCGAAAUUAUUGAUAUUUUUCUUUGCUUUGGUAAUUGUGAUCAAAACCACAAACGCAAAUGGAGACGAUAUCAUAGAAGAAGAACAAUUGAAAAUUGUCCAAAAGCAUAACGCUGAUUUUGAGAAAGGAAAGACUUCAUUCAAAAUGAAGGUGAAUGUCGCAGCCAGAAAACUCUUAGCUCUGACAUCCAAAUCUAAGAAUAUAAUGAACGAAUUCAGAUCUUUGGCAAAGAACAUCAAACAAUGUGUACCAAAUGGAUUGGAAGAAGUACCCGCAUCCUUUGACUGGAGAAAGCGUGGUGCUGUAACAGAAGUGGGAACCCAAGGGAACUGUUCAUCAUGCUGGGCAUUCGCUAUCACGGGGGCAUUGGAAGCCUUUUAUAAAAUUAAAACUGGAAAUUUGGUACGACUAUCGCAACAAUUCCUAGUCGAUUGUUCCGACUAUAGUGAAAAAUCAGCAAAAGUAGAAGACAAAUGUCAAACAGGCAAUAAUCCAGUACGGGGAUUGAAGUACGUACAAAAAAAUGGCAUAUGUAAAACGGACAGUUAUAGAUAUACUGCCAAGAGCGGUAGAUGCAACGAAAGCGUAGAACGCAAAAAAUUGCAUCCAAUUAACGAUAUUAGAAGAGUUGUUAAAAAUGAAGAAGCAUUAAAAGAAGUACUAUAUUUGAAUGGACCAUUGAUUGCUGGCAUAAAUGCUCCUGAACGAUCGUUCGAGUUGUACAAAGAAGGUGUAUAUUACGAUGAGAAAUGCGGGAACGGGAAUUUGCAUUCAGUACUCAUCGUUGGAUAUGGCCGUGAUGAGAAGUACGGAGAUUAUUGGAUAGUAAAAAACAGUUGGGGCACAAGUUGGGGCGAAGAUGGGUAUAUGAGAUUAGCUCGAAACAGGGACGACCACUGUGGUAUUGCAGAUGAUGUUCUCUUUGUUAUGUGA